AUGGAAGCUUCAUGUGAAGACACCUCAUUCAGUGGCCCCCUUGAGACUGGGGCUCGGGAUUUAUCAUCCGAAACUCCGGCGCUUGACUGUUUUGGUGAAGGUGUUCCCCCAGCUCCAGUCCCAGACAGUGCUUCUCUAUUACUUUAUCUCCAGCGCCCAGCUCAGCAAUACAACACGAAAGCGAGACCGGUAACGACUUCUUGUCGAGCUCCUUUUCCUGUAUCGAGGUCCCUCCCUCGUCUACCCACUUCCCCGAGCAACGAAAACACCCUUCCACCCGACACCAUCGCUGCGUCUACGCCCUCUAGUGCUUCGAAGGCACCGUUUGUGCGUGGGCAUCGUCGUCGUUCCACCCACGUUAAUCGUCGAGACCUGGAGAAGUUCAGAAAAGAGGUCUUGGGUGUGGAAUCUACCGGUUUUGAAUACGACGACGAAGGCGCGCUCAAUCCGAACAGCAAGGAAUUCGAGUCCCAAUUGGCAGAACUGAAUCAGGCUUUCGACGCUGCGACUAUGUCUAUGAACAGUGGAAGCAGCAACUCUGGCUCGGGAGUCUAUUCAAACUACGAUAAUUCCGCCGCGGGGCCGUCCAACAUGCCCGGGGUUCCCCGCCAGCCUAUCCCCUCACCAAUGGCUACCCCACCUCCGCAAGUGAACGGCGGGGGAAUGGCUGGGAUGAAUGGCGGAGUGCCGAUGAAUGCGGGACACCAGAUGGAUCUGCGUCAUCUGUUUGAUAUGGUGCUGGAGCUGAGUGACGUGCUGAAGAACAACCGUGAUAUGACCAAGAGUAUUGUCUCCAGCGCAGAGGAGAUUAUGAAACGUUCUGCUUCAGAAGGAACUAGUCCGAGCAUCCAGCAGGUUAACGGGGAAAUCUCUAGUGCCCGUAUUGCCGAGCUUGAGCGCGCUCUCGCCAAAGAGAAGCGUACCGUGGAGGUUUUGAAAAACGAACAGGCGGAAAACACCAAGCUGAUCGGAGAGUACGAGGCGGCCGUUGGCACGAUGGUGGAGCAGAUCCGCAACUACUGCCACAACAAUAACAUGCACUACUUGUCUCAGAAACGCCAUUACAACAAUCUCCUUCAGGCGGAGCGCGAUGCCCACUUGGAAAGCCGCCUGGACCGUGAUCAUUGGCAUGCACAAACGUUGAAGUGCGCUGAGAUGAUCCGCACCGCUUAUCGCCUUCGCUGUGAGGAAGAAGAACUGCCUAUCCGUAUCGUUGCCGGCCUUCAGAAUGAAGUCCGUGCCUACCGCAAUGCUCUAGGCAUGGAACCCGAGAAGCCAGAGGAAGAAUACGGCUGGGAGAUCCUGAAGGAUGUACCGGGAAGCUCUGAAUGA